CUUCACUCGAUUCUCAAUCCUCAUGUUCAUCACUAAGGCGCUUUCUUUCUUUUUAUCCGGUAUAUGAGAUGGAAGAAGACUCGGUAUUUGAGCAAGUCUUUAGUUUAGAAACGAGGGUAGGGGAAUGGGAGGAAGUAGAGAGAGUUUUGGGUGAAAAAGGGAGAAAAACAAGAAAGGAAAUGAGGGACAAAAUG